AAUAAAUAAUCAUUCCCCAUUUCUCAGAUAACACACAUUCAAUUCCGCCAUGGGAGCCACCGACAACGGCUCAUCAUCUCAGCCUCUCAAGUUCCUGAUCUACGGCCGCACCGGCUGGAUAGGUGGGCUGCUGGGAAAGCUCUGCGAGGCUCAGAAUAUCGACUACAUCUACGGGUCGGGCCGGCUCGAGAACCGGGCUUCGCUGGAGGCCGACAUCGCCUCGGCCCGGCCCACGCACGUAUUCAACGCCGCCGGCGUCACUGGGCGGCCCAACGUCGACUGGUGCGAGUCCCAUAAGGUGGAGACGAUCCGCACCAACGUUGUCGGCACGCUGACGCUCGCUGACGUUUGCCGGGAGAAGGGUCUGGUGCUGGUUAAUUAUGCGACGGGUUGCAUCUUCGAGUACGAUGCGGGGCAUCCGCUCGGGUCGGGUGUUGGGUUCAAGGAGGAGGACACGCCCAAUUUCAUCGGAUCGUUUUAUUCCAAGACGAAAGCAAUGAUCUGCUCCGAUUUUCUUGACGAUAAUUAUGAAAUGGGCAAUGAUGACGAGGUUGAGGAUUUACUGAAAUAUUACGAGAAUGUCUGCACAUUACGUGUCCGAAUGCCAAUCUCAUCUGACCUCUCGAAUCCUCGCAAUUUCAUUACAAAAAUCACACGGUAUGAGAAAGUUGUGGACAUUCCAAACUCCAUGACUAUCUUGGAUGAGCUUCUCCCCAUAUCUAUUGAGAUGGCUAAGAGAAACCUAACCGGAAUAUGGAACUUCACAAAUCCAGGUGUCGUAAGCCAUAACGAGAUUCUUGAAAUGUACCGUGAGUAUAUAAAUCCUAACUUCACUUGGACCAACUUUACUCUCGAGGAGCAGGCUAAGGUUAUUGUUGCUCCCAGAAGUAAUAACGAGCUCAAUGCCUCUAAACUGAAGAAGGAAUUCCCUCAACUCUUGUCCAUCAAGGAAUCUCUCGUUCAGUAUGUAUUCAAGCCAAACAGAAAAACUCCGGUGGCUUGAGAGUCGAGAGGAUUCUUUUUUGAGUCGAAGGGUGAUAUUUGUUUUUUUUCAUCUGUUUUGCCAUGUUUGUUCAAGUUACCAUACAUAGUUUUUGCCUUGUUUUUUGUUUUAUUUUGUUGUUGUAUGGAAUGAAAUGCUGAAUAAGUGAUCAAAUGCCAUGUUCACUUGACAUUUUGAAUGUUUUAUUAUGAUUACAUUAUCUAAUCUAAUCUUAUUUGUUUGUGAAUA